AUGACGACCAUCUUCCACGAUAUGAUGCACAAAGAGCUAGAAAUUUAUGUAGAUGACAUGGUGGCAAAAUAUGCACAUAGCAAGGAUCAUGUAAGUGUUCUAAGGAAAGUGUUUCAACGUCUUCGAAAAUUUCAGCUUAAGCUCAAUCCCAACAAGUGUUUGUUUGGCGCCAAGUCCGGGAAAUUGAUAGGCUUCGUCGUCAGCAAUAGAGGAAUUAAAUGUGACCCAUUAAAGGCUAAAGCUAUCAUCGAGAUGUCUCCACCAAGAACUGAAAAAGAAAUCAGGGGAUUUUUGGGUCGACUAGAAUACAUAAGUCGGUUCAUAAAUCAGCUCACUCCCAUAUGCGAGCCAAUAUUCAAGCUACUAACGAAGAAUGUGCCUACUGUAUGGAAUCAUGAAUGUCAAGAAGCAUUUGAAAAGAUCCAGAAAUAUCUGACAAGUCCACCAGUACUUGUUUCACCUACCCCGGGUAUUUCAUUCAUUCUGUAUCUCUCAGUCACUGAAACCUCUAUGGGGACCAUGUUGGGGAAAUACCAUGAAGAAAGCGGCAAAGAGAGAGCCAUAUACUACAUCAGCAAAACUCUUUCAGGAUACGAGUCAAAGUACACCAUGUUAGAGAAGACCUGCUUGACACUUGUUUGGGCAACGCAAUGUCUUCGACAUUACAUGUUGUCUCAUAAGAUCCAGUUACAAUCAAGGAUGGAUCCUAUCAAAUACUUGUUCGAGAAGCCUGUAUUGUCCGGAAGAACGUCAAAAUGGCAGUUGUUGCUCUUUGAGUUUGACAUCACAUAUAUCACAAAAAAAUCCGUCAAAGGAAGGGCAAUUGCUUAUCACCUAGCAUCGCAUCCUCUCCUCGACAACACUGGUAUAAAGAUUCAGUUCCCAGACGAAUGGGUGAUGUACGCUGAUGUAGCCGAAGAUAGGUCAUGGAAGAUGUAUUUUGAUGGCGCCCGCAAAAAACAAGGAAGGGGUGUAGGGGCACUUCUAGAGUCACCAAAAGGUAUUCAUAAACCUAUUGUUAUCAGGAUAUGUUUUCCAUCCUCUAACAAUGUUGCAGAAUAUGAAGCCUGCAUAGCUGGACUAAAACCCGCUAUUGAAAUCAAUGUCAAAAGCAUCAUAGUGUACGAAGACUCACUCUUGAUCAUCAAGCAAAAUCAGAAGGAAUGGAGGGUUAACGAACAACUAUCCCAAUAUCAUACCUACCUUGAAGAGCUCACCAAAAAAUUCGAUCACAUUGAGUGCCACCACAUCUACGGAAACAAAAAUCAUGAUGUUAAUGCUCUUGCUGUUUUAGCUUCUUGGCUCGCAGUCCCCGAAGGAAUGACGGUGGAACCCAUCGAAAUAGGCCAAAGAGAUGAACAUACCUUUUGUUAUGCCAUACAAGUUGUCGCUGAACAAUUAGACGGCGUUCCUUGGUUUUUUGAUAUUCGGAGAUAUGCGGUUCCCCAUGAAAUAAUAUCAGAUAAUGGGUCAAACUUUAUCGGUGAAGAAACCAAAGAACUGCUCGGAAAGUACAAGAUUAAGCACCAUCUCGCCUCACCAUAUCGGCCUCAAACUAAUGGAGCGGUAGAAGCAGCCAACAAGACGCUCGUCAAAAUCCUGAAGAAGAUGACAGAUACAUAUACAGAUUGGAGUGAGAAAUUACCAUAUGCUUUAUGGUCAUACAGAACCUUAAUUUGCACCGCAACCGGAGCUACACCUUUCUCGCUCACAUACGGUAUGGAGGCAAUGCAUCCCAUAGAGGUAGAAAUUCCAACUCUAAGGGUUCUAAAGGAGAGUCAGUUACCUGAAGACGAAUGGGUAAAAGUAAGAGUUGAACAACUAAAUCUUAUCGAUGAAAAGAGGUUAGCAGCAACCUGA